AUGUUCCCAUACUACGGUUACUCGGCGCCCUCUUACUCCGUCCCCUCAGACUCCGAGUACCUCCGCGCUCUCGCCGAGGAGCGCGCGGCUCGUGAGCAGUAUGCCGCAGCCCGUCGUGCCCAGGAGGAGGCUCGUGCCCGCGCCGCUCGCGCGAGGGCUGCGCGCCGUGCGUAUGCUUCGCCCUACAACUCGUAUCACGACGACGACUAUCUCGACUCGUACAACGACCUCGACCUGGGCCUCGAACCCCUCGACGACGCUCUGGGCUCGUAUUACCCUGGCCCAAGCUCUGCCAGGUCGCGCCCGCUCAGCUACAUGGACGGUCAGCGGCCUUAUGGCUUCGGGCUCGACCCGUACUCGCAGCGCGCCAUGUUGGAGGAGCAGCGCAGGAGGCAUUUGAUGGAGGAGCAGAGGAGGAGGGAGCUGCUGGAGUUGGAGAGAGAGAAGGAGCGGAGGCGGCUCGAGGAGGAGCGCAUCCGGAGGAUUCUUCAGGAGGAGAGGAUGCGGGAGGAGGCUGCCCGGCAGAAGCUCCUGGAGGAGGAGAGGAUGCGGAAGGCGCUCGAGGAGGAGAGGAUCAGGCGCGCCCUCCUCGAGGAGGAAGAGGCUAGGAGGGAGCGCGAGCGCGAGCGCGCCCGCAUUCGCGAACAGCAGCAGCAGAAGCCCAUCGACCCGCUCGACAUCCUCCGCGCCCUCGGGCUCGCGCCGCCGGCGUCCGUCGGUGAGUCUGAGAAGGAGAGACUUGGUCGCCAAGGCGCACGCACCACCCAACCCGGCCGUCGCACGGGCACCACACCCAGCCCCGUCCGCCCCUUCCCCUUCGGCCAGACCCCCAAGACCACUACUACCCAGCGUCAGCGCGCUCCAUCUCCCAACCCGGUGAAGAAGACCCCUUCUUCCCAAUCGACAUCCAUCCCCAUUACGUCGCCCAAGUCCUCCGCGAAACGCGUCCCCACACCCUCGCCCGCGCAGCCUCCAACCCCCGAGCAGCUCGCGGCCGCCGAGAAGAUCCGCGACGCCUACCGCGCCCGCGUCUCGCGCCGCGCAGCCCUCGCGUCCAUCGCGGCCAUCCGCAAGCGCUUCCUCGCCGCGCGCAACGGUUUCACGCUCCCGUCCACGCUCGACUACGACAUCCCGACGAACGGCCGCGUCCCCACCACCGUCUCGCUGGGCGCGGACACGUCCGUCGAGAAGCUCGCGCGGCUCGCGGAGGACGACGAGGCGGACGUGCUCGAGGGCGCGCCAAGGCUCGCGUACUCGCCGACGAACGCGCCCCUGCACGGGUACGAGGAGGAGUUGAAUAGGAUAUUGGGCCAGCUGGACGCGGUGGAGAGCAGGGGCGACCAGGGCGUGCGCGCGGCAAGGAGGGAGCUCGCGAGGGCGGUUGAGAGGGAGGCGGAGCGCGUCGAGAGGUGGAGGGGCGUCGUGUGGAGGUGGUGGACGGAGGACCAGCCGAAGGAGGCCGCUGCGCCCGCUGAGUCGCAGCAGAUGGAGGUCGAGCCGGUCGAGUCUGUCCAGACGUCCGCGGAGGUGGCCCAGGUGCCUCAAGGCGAAACGUCCGAGUCUGCCGCGACCGAAACUCCGAUGGAGGUCGAACCAACGACGGAACCCCCACAACCUGUCUCCGACUCGUCUGCAGCUACCGCUGUGCCCCCUUCGCCCUCGAACGGCACGAACUCGACAUCAUUCUCUGUCCCCAUCUCUAGUCCCACCCCGCAGGCUGUCGAACCCGUCGAGUCCGCGCCCACGCCUGAGAUCGAGAUCACCGACGCGAACGAUGCCGAGGCGCCCUCGCAGCCUGAGGCCGAAUUGGCCGACAUCGACGUGCCCGUCGCGGAGGCUACUUCAUCGCCCGAAUCCGCCCCGUCACAACAUGCGCAAUCCGACAACACGGCCUCGGAAUUAGCUGCAACAGAGGAACGCGCACGGUCUCUAACGCCAGAGCUCAGCCACGAGCAUAGCGAGGCUGAGGAGAUGGAGGUCGAGCCGCAGGAGGUGCACACCCCCCCGCCCGCUGAGCACACGCCGCUCGUGUCUGUGGAUGCGUCUCUGCCCGAGACGAUGGACUUGGCGCAUGAGCAGCAGAAGCAGCCUACCUCGGAAGCGAACCCGAUCGAGGCGCAACAGCAACAGGUUGCGUGA